AUGCCAGACAUGUACGCCAUUCGACCCUGCACAAAAGCAGACACACAAUCGAAGGACACCUCAACACCGCAGUACACACCCAACAUAAUCCCAUGCAAAAUCCACCACGACGGAGCAAUUGAUUCCUUGGACCGGUACUGGGCGCCAGUGACAGACGAAAAAGAUAACACACAAACCUCAUAUUUCCGCGGCCGCAAACUUCGAGGUCGGCGCGUUGCCCUUCCGGACGGGUAUCGAGGCGUCGUCGCAACACCAACCGAUCGCGUUUUACCUUCGAGUCAACAAGUCCCCAAUGAUGACGACGAAGUUGUAGAAGUUGAGCCCGAGGAACCAGUGAAGAUUCUGGAGAUGAAUGGUACUUUCGAGGAUCUUGUUGUAUGGGGUCAUGAGGCUCUUCCUGCGGCGGAUGAUACGUUCGUUAAAGGUGUUGAGGAGUGGCUGCAGUUUGCGGAAGCUAUGCAUGCUACACCUGCUCCGGUGAAUGGGAAAGAGGCUGCUGUCUGA